AUGUUGCUUCAGAUGAUCCAUACUGCAUUUGCAGCAAUGCUGCUACCAGCAGAAACAGUCCGCGAGCUCCCUCCUCCAAUCUACAUGCACCCUGAGACUCUCUUCAAACAGACCAAAAAUGCCCUUGAUUUCGCAAUCACAGGCUCCAUCAUUUUGUAUCCAACUUUCUACCUAAAGAACAUCAAGUACAAUGCAGUUGCAAUAUCAGGAAUAAUAAUGGGAUUGAAUCACUUUGGAAUGUACGACACUCUGGUUCAUAGGCUUGAUAGCGUGACACCUGCAUCAUGGAGUCCAUACUUCAUCAGUGCCAUGAUCAUACUUGUGGUGACUGUGAUGAACAUGUUUUAUAGGCGUGUAAAGGUACUUACGAGUUCACUGGGUGGAGCAUACGCUAAUGGAAUCACCCUUUACCUUCUACUUGAUUUAGAAACCAAGGAAUCAGCUAUGGGAACAAUGUUAGGAUUUACGGUGCUAUACGUGGUACUGUAUUACGUAGCAAGAAGAAUCAGGAAGUUCAUUCUAUUUGGAACAAUGGCAGGAUGGCUCUUCUACAGCCUGGCCAACGUUCUAACUGGUGGGAAAUUGAUUGGAUACUUUUAUCAGGGUGAUCAAGAAAGCAAGAAAAUUGGAGCAGUCUACCUGAUUGGGAUUCUGUCGACUACUUUCAUGUGUUAUACAGUACUACGGGUAUUAUUUCGCAAGAAAAAGAGCGGAAAGAAGCAAAAGAAGUUACCAGCAGUGAAGAACGUGAAGGAAAUGGUGAUUUAG